AUGACAGAUUAACAAUUACAAGGUCAGAAUAACAUAUAAGAGCAAUAGGAACUUUCAGAAUAGUCGAGUGAUGAGGAAUUAGAUGUGUUUCAUUAUUAGGAAGAAAAGUAGUUAUUUAUCAAUGAAUACAAGAGAGAAAUAUCCGAUGCUCAAUAGGUUAUUGGAAAAUGUGAUAAGUUAAUUGUUAGUUAACCUAUUGACAUUGUAUGCCUUAUAUGGAGAUGAUAUCAGAAUAAUAUGUUUCGAUAAACGAGCAGACAGUACUUUUGAUGGCAUAACAAUAUUUUGCAUAGUAAAAUAUUAGAAAUAAUAAAAAUAUAGAUUAUAUUUUCUACUGAAAUUGUUAUCACAUCAAUAGUACGAUAGGGUUAUUUUAAUUCAUUUUUUUUUUGGCUUGAUAUAAUUUCUACAGUUUCGCAGAUUCUCGAUAUUACCUUAUUUAAUAUGGCCGUAGGUUUAGAGUAAAUAAUAUAUUAAAAAGUAGAGGUUCAGUAUCAGCCAAAACAGGAUCUGAUUUAUCCUAAGCAAAUAAAGCUUCAAAAACAAGUUCUAAAGCAGUUCGAGUUGUUAGACUAGUGAGGUUGAUUAGAAUUGUGAAACUGUAUAAAGCAGCGAAUUAUUAGAAAGAAGGCGAUUUUCAAAAAACUCUCACCAAGAAACUUUCUACUGUACUUAUGAAAAAUCCAAAUCAUACAUAGAUUCAUCCUUUAUAAAAUGGAGAUGGUGAUACUCCUCUCUAAAAUCAAUCCAGAGAGAUUCCUCACUUUACUACAAUGAAUGGACAGACAGUUUAAUCUAAAGAUUAACUAAAUAAUAUGACAAGUGUGAUUGAGGGUUUUGAUCAAGGGAACAGUUAUGAAUAGCGACGUAGUUUAAAAUAGAUUUUACCUGAAAAUUAUUACUUUCAAUAGCAAUAACAGAACGACGAUGCAGCAGGAAAAAUGCAGGAAAAAGAACAUAAAGAAUAAAUACACAAGAAGGAAUCUAGAGUUAGUAAAAGAUUGUCUGAUGCAACAACAAAGAAAGUAAUACUAUUGGUGAUAUUAUUGCUACUAAUAAUGCCUUUAUUUAGUUCAGAUUAUUAUUUUGAUUCAUCCUCAAGUUUAGAGUAUGCAGCAUAAUAUUUUAAAGUUGUGGCUGAAAUUCCAAAUACUAAGUUGUCAGAAAUAAAUGAAACCUUGAACUUUGUAAUAAGCUAACAUGAUUAAUUUGAUACACCUGUGGGAUUCAUAAGAAAUCCAUUUACAGAGAUACCAGAUUAUGAAAGGGAAAAUUAUGAGUAUUUAAGAGAAAGUGCAAAGAGCUAUUAUUUCAAAUAUGUUGAUCCAAUAUUGGUCGGAUUAAAUUACAUUGGAGAUCCAAUUAUCUUAUUUGUGUCUGAUAAUUCAUAGAUUGAGAAAUUAAAUUCCAUAAUAAACAUUGUCAACACAUUGUUUGUCAGUUGUGUCUUACUAUUUGGAGCUUUAGCCUUUGCAAAUGAUGCAAAAAAUGUGGCAUUAGCUCCAAUAGAGAGAAUGAUUGCAAAAGUAAAUGUUAUAGCCAAGAAUCCUCAAGAAGCAAAAGAGAUGAAACUUGAAGUAGAAUAACUGCAAAGAGAGACAACUUAAAUUGAAAAUGCUAUAAUUAAGAUAGGAGCCUUGUUAGCCCUUGGAUUUGGAGAUGCAGGAUCAGCUAUCAUAGGAACUAACAUGGCAUCGUCAGGAGAUGUAGACCCUAUGUUGCCUGGCAAGAAGAAAUUGGCUAUCUAUGGAUUCUGUGACAUAAGAAACUUCACUGAUGCAACUGAAGUCUUAUAGAAAGAUGUCAUGGUGUUUGUCAAUAGUAUAGCUGAGAUUGUUCAUGCAAUGGUAAAUAGGUAUUAAGGUUCAGCCAAUAAAAAUAUAGGUGAUGCUUUUCUAUUAGUUUGGAAGAUCUCUGAUCAUUCUUGGUAUGAGGAGAAUGGGAAAAUCAAAUGGUAACGCUAUAGUUCUUAUUUCUAAGGAAAAACUAUGAUUAAAUCAAUAUGAUCGCAGAUUGCUCCUUGCUUUCCUUCAUGAAGAUAUUUGCUAAAAUUAAUAGAGAACCUAAAAUAUUGGAGUAUCGAAAUGAUGCAAGAUUGACACAAAGACUGCCUGGAUACAAAGUAAAGAUGGGAUUUGGAUUGCAUAUAGGAUGGGGGAUUGAGGGAGCUAUUGGUUCUGAGUUUAAGAUUGAUGCGUCAUAUCUCAGUCCGAAUGUCAAUAUGGCUUCUAGAUUAGAGGCUGCAACCAAAUAAUACGGAGUCUCACUUCUCAUUUCUAGUGAUCUGUAUAUACUUUUCUCUUCAGGUCUCAAAAAGUAUUAACGACAAAUUGAUAUGGUAACUGUUAAAGGAAGUGUUAGACCUAUCGGACUCUACACUAUUGAUAUUGAGGGUGACAAUCUACCUCCAAGUAAGGAAGACUAUCCUCAAGAGGAAAGGUUUUAAGUUAUGGACUAAAAGAGGCAAAUCUUUGUUAAUUAAAUUGAAGCAGGAGAAUUCAAAUCUGAAAAUCACUUGAAUAGAAACAAAGAUCUCCUAUUAAUUAUGAAAAAUUAUAAUCCUGAAUUCCAAGUAAAAUACUUCUAUAUCAAAGGCUCAAUUCAGUCAAGGAUUUUAGGGAUACUUAUUGGGAAAUUGGAAGGAAGCCUAAAUGUGGUUUGAAAGAGCCAAAUUAUUAAAACCAAAUGAUGGCCCUAUUGCAACUUUAUACUCUGUGAUGGGUGAAUGUAAUUUUAAGGCUCCAUCUGACUGGAAAGGAUACAGAGAGUUAACAGAAAAAUGA